CCGGGGGGCUCCUUCCUUCAAUCGAUCGCCCACGCCCAACUGCGCGACGCUUGCAUCAAUCUCCUCGCGGGAGAGCGAUCAGCGAGCUAUCCAUCUUCUUCAUCGAGAGAAAGGAGAAAGAGAGAAAACGAGGAGAAGAAGAAACCGAGAUGUCUGAGACCCCGCCGGUGUUCCAGGAGGCCCCCCGUUGCGAUAUCUGCAAGUGCAGCUUCACCACUUUUAGGCGACGGCAUCAUUGCCGAAGUUGUGGGAGGACAUUGUGUCACGAGCAUUCAUCAAAUUAUAUGGCAUUACCAAAGUUUGGCAUCCAUUCAAGUGUUAGAGUGUGCUCUGAUUGUUUCAACAAUUCUUCCAGGUCCCCAAAUGAUGUUGGUCAGGCUUCUCCAGACAAUAUUAAUGCUGCAGUGGAUUCUUUCUCAAGAUUAGAUAUUGAUGAGGCUGUUGAUUCGAAUCCUCAACCUGCUUUUUCUGAUAAACCUGUUAUAAAUGCUGCUGAAUGCAAAUGUGGAAUGCCUUUAUGUAUAUGUGUUUCCGUCCCAGAUUCUGCUGCUUUGGAAACAAAACACGUUACCAUAUCAAAUGUUCAACCAAACCCAAGGCUGAAGAAGUCAACUGGUACCCAGUCAGAUUCUGCAUUGAAGAAGACUGCUUCUACUUCAAACAGCAAACCAAGUCCAUUUUUAAAUCUAGGGCAAGCCUCACAAAGUAUCUUGGAUGAAGCUCAUAGAGAUUAUGAUAUCAGUGGAGAGGGUUUAAGAGAGGCCAUUAAGAAUGGUGAUACACCUGCAGUGAAAAACCUUCUGGCCAAGGGAGUGGAUGCAAAUUAUUGUGACAAGCAAGGAUUGACAUUGCUGCAUUUGGCCACACUUUUUAAUCAGACUGAGAUUGCAUUUGUUCUAAUGGACCAUGGAGCAAGUGUUGAAUGUAAGAAUGCUCAAGGGGAAACACCUCUUGACUGUGCUCCUGCCAUGCUUCAAUAUAAGAUGCGCACCAAGUUGCAAGAAGGCGCAUGAACAGACGAACAGGCCAGGCCAUUUUUCGUCAUACUGAAUCCCGUUCUUAUAUAUACUUCAUUACGUACACCUAUUCUCUAAAUAUUUUACUAGUGUUCCAUGUACUUUCUCGUUUUGAGUUGAUGAUGUUUGUGAAAAUGAGAAAUUGUCAGAACGCUGAGACUUCAAUUUUCUCAUAUUAAUAAAAAGCGUUUGAUUGA